AUGUGUCCGUCCAAAUUUGUUGUGUGUUUAUUGUUGAUUUCUGUGAGAGCCGAAUUGGACACAGUAUCAAAAAUUACACAGAUCCCGUCCAUGCCGAUGCCAAAGGAUCCCAGUCCCUCGGACUUUCAAUACCUAGUCACUGGUGGAUAUCGGCCAAAAAACAAUGACCUGGUCAAAUACGUAGUCUCGCUGCGACUGGGAAAGCCAAAAAAGUUCUUCGGGGAUAAUCACUUUUGCGCUGGCGCAAUCUAUAGCAAGCGGGCCAUUGUAACCGCUGCCCACUGCAUGUAUUCGGACCAGCGGAAGUUGCAGGCCAAAAAGAUAAAGGUAAUCGCUGGGACGCCAAAGAGAUUGGUCAAGAGUGGCACCACACAGAUCAUUGACGCCAAGAAACUGUUGCCGCAUCCCAAGUACAAGAAGGGCAAAUCACAGAAAUACGAUGUGGGAAUUGUGCUGAUAAAGGAGGAUCUUGAAAUGGGUCCAGCCGUCGCCUCUAUAUCCCUGUACGACAGGGCUCCGGUGGCCAAUAUCAAGUGCACCAUUGUCGGCUGGGGCACGGUCAUACAGUACGGACCACUACCGGAUUUGGUCGUUAACGGUGAUGUGCAAAUUCGGCCCGAUAGUUUCUGUCGAAAGCUCCUCGGGUGGACCAAGAAGGGUAUGCUAUGUGCCAAUGACCAAAGCGAUACCGAUGUGGACAGCUGCCAGGGCGACUCGGGUGGCCCGUUGAUCUGUGACAACAAGGUGACAGGCGUCGUGUCCUUCGGCACGGGAUGUGGUGAAGCCGACUCUGCCGGAAUCUAUACGGAUAUCUAUCACUUUCGGGAAUGGAUCACCGAUAACUCCUGCCCCCGCGGCACAUAUCCAAUGCCAAAACUGUUCAUCCUGAUGCUGCUCUUCCUGGCCAAUAUUAUGGAUAUAGUCUAGCGUCUAGCCUGAUUCAUUCAACAGGCGGUCGUUGAGUGGACUAUUGCUACUCUACUUCUAACUACUACUAAGUUAUCGUGCAGCAUGCAGCGUGCCCCGGGAAAACCUCGGAGCCUGCAGACGACAAACCAAAAUUGACUAAAACCAGCGGGCAUGGCCUGUCAUCCGUGGAUGUGAAGGCAGGUAGCGAUGUCGGUGGAUAUAUACGAGUACAAAUGCGAGGCCGAAUGGCAAAAUGUGGUGCAUGCCGCGCCAUUACCCGCGCACACACAUGCCCACACACGUACUUGCCACCGUGUGGACAUGGACUGGGUGGGGGACAACGGUUUAUGGUUACGCUGAUGCAGAUCCACAGGCACUGUUUGUGACAGCAAUUAUCGCAUCACGACCGAGGACCAACGACGGAGGACACCCACCCACAAUCCGCAUCCCCCUCUCUGGCCGGACAGCAUAUCAAGCAGCGAAGACAAUAUGCAACAAUUCGCGAUGGUUAAUUUCGGGCACUCGCCAACUGUUGAUUAGACCAAUUAGGGGGCAACCAAUUAGGUGGUCUGGUCCAGAUUAUAGGAGAAACUUAGCAGUAGAAAAAAAACGGGUUUAGUGACAGGCUUUUCAUUUUUUGGAUGCCACUGUGGAUCGUUGGUUCUUCUCAGGGCCAUCAGUAGAGUCUUGUUCCAAAUGAAUCUCGGAUAGAAAUCAGUGCGGAAACAUGUUGAUUUGAUAUCAGCAAUGCAAUUAGUAAUCGCACACGCACACUCCAAUCACUUUCACAUCUGGAAUGAUUGGAAAAAGGUCAGGAGACGCAGAAGGAAGAAGAGCUCAGGAACACAAGUCACGAACGUGUCCCAAUCCCCAGCUAGGGACGCCCCUUCAUGCUUCCUCUAUGCAAGGCAGGCAAGGCCAUUGUGCCACACAGCCUCGGCGACAGACGGGGCAAAACAAUGUAGAAUUGAUGUGGGACUCGUAGCGACCAACACUACACCACACACCACCAUACCCGUCCCCAAUCUCAUCGAGAAGCAGGCACACCCGGGCCAGACACAUAUUUACAGACAUUCGCAAUCAGGUUUGUCAUUUCACAGUCGUAUUGUGUGCUGUUCAAGUGUUCAUAAUGAAUUUAAUCGCGUAUGUUUAUUGCUCACUUUGCCAUGGCACUGCUGUGCUCCAGGUCCUGCCCAGCGUGCCCAGCCUGCUCCUCCAUAUUCCCCAUUCACAUUUCCUCCGGCCCAACAAGUUGUUGUUUUCUUAGCCAUGGCGGAGUCGACACUUUAUCAUUUUGUCACGCUUCUUGUUUACCAAGUUGGCUCGUCAGCGUCCUCGUUCUUCUGCAUAUUGAUUUAGUAUUGUUGUUUCCCCUUAUGUCCGUAUGUGUGUAUUUGGCCAAGUUCUGUCCCUGGUAUAUGUCCUGCUUGUGCUUCGUUUUUGCGCCCGCAGCCAGUAAAUUGUUUGCAUAUAUUAGACACAUGCCUAAAAUUGCAUUUCAAGGGAAGUUCAUUUGAGAAUAAUUGCAGUUAAACUUGACAUCGUAGUUGUCUGAUUGCGGGGCGGGCGGGCUCCUUCCUUUCAGCCAAAUCCACAAGUCAAUCCGGUAACCAGGCAAGAUCCGGCACACAAGUUCUGUGAAUGCUUGUUUA